UGCGCUGGGCAAUGUUGUCCUUCGAAUGAGUUUAAAUAAAGAGCCGGAUCAUUUGAAUUUAAAGGUACAAGUUGGAGCUCCCAAACUACAGCCGACAGCUCAUGCAGCAACUGUGUGCUCUACGAAAAGAGAAGCAGUUUUGCGACUGUUCCAUCCUGUUGGUGCUGCAGUGCUGUUCUGCUCCAUCCUCUGGAGAGGUGGUGGAAAGGUUGUUAUCUAAACUCAGAGAGAUGACCAUAAGUGAAGAAACGUUUCUGAUGCUGCUGCCUGAGGUGAAGGAAAGCUCCUCAGAUCUGCUUCAGGUUCUGGAGGCCCUGAAAGAUAAACCAACAGAAGACAGGAGUGGGAUUGAUUUGUUGAGCCUUAGAAUGGGUCCAGAUAUGAAUGCAAACGAGAAAGAGUGUAAUGGAGCUCUGCUGGCAGAGACAGGAGAUGCUGAGGUGGCUGGAAGGCUGAUAUCUGCAGCAUUGGACGGUUCACUGCAGGCGCUGACUGUUUGGAGGCUUCUGCUGUGGACAGAGACACACAGUCCAGAGCUGCGGCUUCUCAUGCAGGAGGUCAAGGAGAAACCAAACGCUCAAAAACUUUUGCAAACCAGUAAAUACAUAGGUGUGCUCUUCAAGCCCAAAUCACUCAUUCUGGAAACAAUCAGUGACAUUACCCUGCUCGAACAAGGUUUGGAUGCAAUGGAUCAUGGGACAGAGCAAGUUUCGGAGUUUCUCCAGAGCUGUCGGAGAGCCGAUGGCGAGCUGGAGUCAGUUCAACAGACUGUGGAGAGAGUUUUGAGUCGUGACUCAGAGUUCACUCUCCCAGCUGCUGUCUGCCAACCAGCAGAACUUCCCACAGCUGAAAGACCUCAAACAUACUGGUGGAGGACUUCUCUGUAUAUAGAGAUUUCUGAUCAUGAUACGAAAGUUUGGCAUCACUUUUGA